UUUGAGGAUGAUGAAAUGAAAACUUUGGAUGUACAGGUUUUCUACCGGGAAGAAACAGAAAACCAGAAUCUUAAUUCAUGCCCUUCUUCAGAAGUGCCUCAUACUUACAGCCCAUUGAAGCCAAGAAAUUACCAACUAGAGCUUGCUUUACCUGCUCAGAAAGGAAAAAACACAAUAAUGUGUGCUCCUACUGGUUGUGGAAAAACUUUUGUUUCACUUCUUAUAUGUGAACAUCAUCUUAAAAAAUUUCCACAAGGACAAAAGGGGAAAGCUGUCUUUUUUGCUAUGCAACUCUCAGUGUAUGGGCAGCAGAAAUCUGUGUUCUCAAAGUAUUUUGGAAGACUUGGGUACAAAGUUGUAGGCAUUUCUGGAGUAACAUGUGACAAUGUCUCAGUGGAACAGACUGUUGAGAACAAUGGCAUCAUCAUUUUAACUCCACAGAUGCUUGUGAACAACCUUAAAAAUGGGACUAUUCCAUCACUCUCUGUCUUGAUGAUAUUUGAUGAAUGCCACAACACUAGUAAACAUCAUCCUUAUAAUAUGAUCAUGUUUAAUUGUCUAGAUCAGAAGUUUGGAGGGUCUUCAGACUCACUGCCCCAGGUCAUUAGGCUGACUGCCUCGGUUGGCACUGGGGAUGCCAGAAAUACAGCUGAAGCCACAGAAUAUAUCUGCAAAUUGUGUGCUUCUCUCGACAUAUCAGUGGUAGCAAAAGACAACUUGGAGGAACUGGAGGAGAUUGUUUAUAAGCCCCAGAAGUUUUUCAGGAAAGUGGAAUCACGGACCAACAACAGAUUUAAAUGCAACAUAUCUCAGUUGAUGAUAGAGACAGAGUCUGUAAACAAGCGUAUAUGUACACAGACAGAAAACUUAUCUCAAAUUCAAAAUAGGAAUUUUGGAACACAGAGAUAUGAACAGUGGAUUAUCACAGUUCAGAAAGCAUGCAUGGUGUUUCACAUGCAAGAUGAAGAGAGCAGGAUUUGUAAAGCACUGUUUUUCUACACAUCGCAUUUGUGGAGAUACAAUGAUGCCCUCAUUAUCAAUGAGCAUGCUCGAAUGAAAGAUGCUCUGGAUUACUUAAAAGACUUCUUCAGAAAUGUCCAAGCAGAAGGAUUUGAUGAGAUUGAGCAAGCGCUCACUCAGAGAUUUGAAGAGAAGCUGCAGGAACUAGAAUGUAUUUCCAUGGAUCCCAGCAAUGAGAACCCUAAACUCAAAGAUCUCUGCUUCAUCUUGCAAGAAGAGUACCACUUAAGCCCAGAGACCAGAAUCAUCCUCUUUGUGAAAACCAGAGCACUCAUGGAUGCUUUAAAGAAACGGCUUGAAGAAAAUCCUAAGCUCAGCUUUCUCAAACCUGGCAUAUUGACUGGACGUGGCAGAACAAAUCAGAAAAUAGGAAUGACCCUCCCAGUACAGAAGUGUGUAUUGGAUGCAUUCAGAACUGACGGAGAUAACAAGAUUCUGAUUGCCACCUCAGUUGCUGAUGGAGGCAUUGUCAUUGCUCAGUGCAAUCUGGUCCUCCUAUAUGAGUAUGUGGGCAAUGUCGCCAAAAUGAUCCAAACCAGAGGCAGAGGAAGAGCAAGAGGGAGCAAGUGUUUCCUUCUGACUAGUAAUGCCGAUGUAAUCGAAAAAGAAAAAAUAAGCAUAUAUGAAGAAAAAAUGAUGAAUGACUCCAUUUUAAGCCUGCAGACGUGAGAUGAAGCAGUAUUUAAAGAAAAAGUUUGCCAGAUACAGAUUCAUGAAAAAUUCAUCAGGGAUAAUCAAGGAAAAGUAAAACCUGUGCUUGAUAAGGAAAAUAAAAAACUGCUCUGCAGAAAGUGCAAAACCUUUGCAUGUUAUACAGCUGAUAUAAGAGUGAUGGAGGAAUGCCAUUUCACUAUGGUUGGAGUUGCUUUCAGGGAGCAUUUUGUGAGUAAGUUACACCCCAGACCAAAGAGCUUUGGGAGUUUUGAGAAGAGAGCAAAGAUCUUCUGUGCCAGGGAGGACUGCAGCUAUGACUGGGGAAUCCAUGUGAAGUAUAAGGUAUUUGAGAUUCCAGUUAUAAAGACUGAAAGUUUUGUGGUGGAAGAUGUUGCAACUGGAGUUCAGACACUGUAUGCAAAGUGGAAGGACUUUCAUUUUGAGAAGAUCCCAUUUGAUGCUGCAGAAAUGUCCACUUGAGCUCAGGACCUCAGUCUGCAGGGAAGGGGUGACCUUGAGUGAGGAAGAAAUUAGACCAGUGGGUGAA